AUGACAAAAGAUCCGAGUGCAAUAUUCGAGGUAGACAUAAUUGGACAUGAAGUAAUUGAGAAGCAUGUGGUAAGCAGUUUUCCUUAUGAUUCAUUCUGAUUUUAGGAAAUUGAGGUGUUUUAUGAUUAAAAUCCUUUAAGAAGGGUUGAUUGUUUAAAGGUGUAUAUUAGAAUAUUAUGUAAAUUUAAUAUUUAACUUAUUAACAAAAUAUAUUGCACUAUAACAAAAUAGAUAAAUUUAUGAGAUUCACAAGUUGAAUAAUGUAUUUUGCAGGAAUACACGGUGCAAUGUAAUCAAUCUGGUCGAAUAUGGACGGUAAAACGGAGGUAUAGAGACUUUGAACAGCUGAAUGGUGAGCUAGAGCCGCUGGGCGUAAACUUAGAGCUGCCACCAAAGAAAUUCUUCGGAAAUACCAAUGAAGAGUUUAUUACAGAUCGACAGGUGAAGUUACAAGUAAGAAUUGAGGAAUUAAAGAAGUUUUAAUGUUUUAUUACCAACAAGGUUAACAUAAGUGUUUGAUGUUUUAGAUGGUGUUUUUACAAUUUGAAGUGGUCAUUAGACUUUGAAAUGGGCCUUAUUAUCACUUAAAUAAGUUAUCUGAGUUUUGAAAUUUUGAUUUUAGGACUUUCUCCGGCGUGUGUCUUGCCAUCCUUUUCUGUUUUCUUCUCCUACAGCUGCUCAGUUCUUUGAGCUUUCAGAAGAAUGUCUGAGAAGUGAGUUUAAAGCACUUUGCGCAUCUAUCUUACAAUUUUUAGUUAUACCUGUAAAAUGACUGGACUUUAUUAUCUAAAUACGUUAUACAAUUUCUAAUUAUCAAAUUUUAAAGGACUAAUUAGAUCAAAUACUUUAUCUUCCAGAUUACGAGAAUAAUAUUUUGUUUGCUGCCCGGAAUAACCCUACGUAUCGACUGAAACGCCUGUGGCAUGCUUGUGGAUGGAGGUACUACAAGAUGCAUGCCGAACUAACAGAUUCAGAACCGCAUAAUGAGAAUGACUACGUACUAACCUGGAUGUCAUAUGGACCAGAUGCUCAUUCGACUGAUUUGAGGAAACGAGCUGCCAUUACUAACGAAUGUUUCAAGUUUCUGAAAGGACUGCCUAGCAAUUAUUUUGUGAAGAAUGUGUUGGCCAUGGCUGACGAGAGAGGUGUGCAUACGAUCAGCCACAAGUUGAAGAAGGGCAAUAUGAGGGAUUUUACUUUUAUGGUUAGUUUAGUCAUGGUUUAAUGUUAAAAAAAAGAGAUUUUUUAAAUUUUUGAAGGUUUAUAUAUAUAAAUAAUGUCAUUUAAAUCACUUAUUUCUUACUCAAAUGGCAUAAUCUAGUAAUAACUUGGCAAAUUCAAGUGUAAGAUGGACUCUAUGGUAGAAUAUGUUAUGUUUAUCAUUCUGCUUCGACAUAAUUUUAUUUUCAGGUAUCUCCAAAAGACUCAUUUUUGAAAAAGUAUCGAUUAGGCACAGUUAAUAGCGUGUUUAACGACGUUUACAUGAUAAAAGAGAUGACAUUCUUCACGCGACAGUUAAUAGAAAUAAUCAAGGUUUUUGAUUCCAUUGAUUAUCCAUUUUGUAAGUUAUUAAUUUAUAUGUAAAAGCUACUUUUAAAUGAAAAUUGUUUGUAAUAUUGCUGUUUUUAGGUAACAAUUUUGAAAAUUUUUUUAUAUUUUGGUUUACUUUUAAUUUUGUAAACCUUCUAUCAGUAUAAACCAUAAACUUGCAUGAAUUAAUUUAAUACUCUUAUUUACAGACAACUUUCAUUGUGGUAACAUUGUCCUCUCUACAAAUGGGUCAAUCAGCCUUAUGGACUACGAAUUUGCUCUAACUGGCCAUUCAAAUAGUGACAGAGAAGCCUUGAAACGUUCCAAAGCCAAAACCGUGCAAGAAAUGCGUAUCUUUCAUCUAGGUGCUACGAUAUACGAGUUUCUGACCGGCUCCAUUACCGUACCAUACCCAGAAGACAUGGACGAGUUGUACGAAUAUUUCCCAAAGGAAUUCCGCCAAAUAUUGGCAUUGAUUUUUGGACCCGGUGCUCAAAUGCCAACAACAGAUCAGCUUUUGUCACUGCCAUUGUUUAGAGAUUGUGUGACAGUGCCUGUACUGGAUGGACUGACCUUUCAAAUACCAAAACAUGUACAGAAUUACUUUAAAGAGAUGUGCGCAAGGAUAGAAAGGAGGUUGGAGGAGGAGAGGAGUGAGGUAAGGGAAUUUAUGUGGUUUGUGGUACAGAUUAUUAUUUGUAUAGUAGUAUUAUAAUUUUUAUAUUAGGUUGUUCAAAUAAUUCUGCCCUCUGUAAUUCUAACAAAUUUGCUUUGCGAAGGGGCACAGGAUUAUUUGAACAAUCUACUUGUAUAGAACUUGCAAAAAUGGUAUAAAAGUUGCUUUAGGCUUCUCUUCGGGGUUGCUUUUGGAAUUAGAAAAUUGAGCGGGGUAUUGGGGGGUGAUUAUUUCUUUUGAAUUUGAAAAUACAAUGCCUGAUUUAGCUUCGGCUAGCCAAAGAAAGAGCAAAAGUUCAAAUGCAUUUGUUUUCUGACGCUGAAAAGCAACGUCGACGCAACAUAAUUCAAGAACAUUUGAAGAAAAUGGAAACAAAAUAA